AUGGAUCAUCGGCAUCACAACCACGACGGCGCCAUGUACUACACCGGCUGCACCAGCGCCGCUAAUCCCUCCUCCUCUUCCUGCUCCUCCUCCACUUCGGACUCAUUUCCAUCCGACUCGAGCAGCGGUGAGAUGAUCUACGCGCCAGAGCCGAUACCGGAAAGGAGGAAGACGAAGCCGGCGGUGGCGUCUUUCAUCGGCGUGCGGACGCGGCCGUGGGGCAGGUUCGCGGCGGAGAUCCGGGACUCAACGCGGGGCGGCAAGCGGGUGUGGCUCGGCACGUUCAGUACUGCAGAGGCCGCCGCCAUGGCGUAUGACCAGGCGGCGCUGUCGUCCCGGGGUGCUGCCACAGCGCUCAACUUCCCCGUGGAGCGCGUCGAGGAGUCGCUCCGUGCCCUCGCGCUGGGCACCACCGCCACAACGCCCACGGGCACGGGCGGCUCGCCUGUCCUCGCGCUCAAGCGGCGGCACUGCAAGAGGAAGCGGCGCAACAAGGCCGAGAUAGCGAACGAUGCGUCGGCGGCGAGCAGGAGGAACAAGAUCGUCAUCGGUAAUAAAAUGGCCGACGAGGAGAAGCGGUUCGUCGUGGAGCUGGAGGACCUGGGCGCCGACUACCUGGAGGAGCUCCUCAGGAUAUCCGUCCACGACACGCUCCAGCUUGAAGCACCGGCAGAUGCGGUUGUGCAGUAUGGUGAAUUGUUACAUUGCCAGUCGAUCGUCUAG